AUGUCCACAUCAGCGCCACCCCCAGCCCCAGGGCUAAACGUCAUCGCCCUCAUCUCCGGCGGAAAGGACUCCCUCUACUCCAUCCUCCACUGCAUCCGCAACGGCCACAAAGUAGUCGCCCUAGCCAACCUGUACCCAGAACCAAAGAACAAAUCCACCACGAACCCAAACACACAAAAUGAAGAAGACGAAGAAGACCUCGACAGCUUCAUGUACCAAACUAUCGGCCACAGUGUAAUCCCCCUCUACGAACAAGCCCUCCACAUCCCUCUCUACCGCCAACCCAUCACCGGCGGCGCAGUCGACACAGCCCGCAUCUACGGCAACGCAACCAACGACGCCGACGAAACAGAGUCCCUCGUCCCGCUGCUCAGUCGCAUAAAACAGGCUCACCCAGAAGCCAACGCCGUCUCCGCUGGCGCUAUCUUAUCCACCUACCAGCGCACGCGCAUCGAGAACGUAGCGAACCGUCUAGACCUCGUCCCGCUUGCUUGGCUAUGGAUGUAUCCUUCGCUACCUGCGCCGGGCGCCAGGAUAGCUGAUACACUGGCGAUAGCACAGGCGGGGCUGCUGGAAGAUAUGGCGGCUGUGCGGUGCGAUGCGCGGAUUAUCAAGGUUGCCUCUGGUGGUCUGGAUGAGGGGUUCUUGUGGGAGAAUGUGUCGGGUGUCGAGAGUGGGGGGCGGAUGAUGCGGAGGUGUCUGGUUAAGGCUAUGAGUCGGUUUGCGGAUCGGGAGGAUAUUCGUGGGGCGGUUUUGGGGGAGGGUGGGGAGUUUGAGACGCUUGCGCUUGAUGGGCCAGGCUUUUUGUGGAAGGGGAGGAUUGAGGUUGGGGGGAGAGAGAAGAGGGGUGGGGAAGGGGGUGUUGCGUUUGUUAGGUUGAGGGGGGCGAGGUGUGUGGAGAAGAGUGUUCGUGAGGUUGAGGAUGGGGUGACGCCAGCGGAUGUUAGGAGGCCUGGACUGUUGGAUGCUGCUUUUGAGGGGGUAUUAGGGGCCGGGGGAAACCUUGAGGGGUUGCCGGAUGAUUUGAAUUCAAGUUCGAAUUCGCUAAUGUCGGGCACGAUUCCGUCGCCCGAAUGGUCUGUCUGUGAGCCGGUGCAUCGGUUGUCUGGAUCGACCUGGACGAUUUCGAAUAUUGUUGCGCCUGAGGCUGGUCCUGGGACAGGCGCGCAGAUGAAGGACAUUGCGAAUAAGGUUCAUCAGAUGCUUGCGUCCUUGAAGCAUCCCGAGGCCGGGACCAGAUCGACAGACGAUAUUGUUUUUGCUACGGUGCUGUUGGAUUCAAUGGCUGACUUUGGACCAAUGAAUGAGAUCUACGUCUCGCUGUUCAAAAAGCCCAACCCUCCCGCGCGAGUUACAGUGGCUUGUGGAGACCGGCUUCCGUCCAAUGUCAGGGUGAUGGCCUCAUUCGUGGUUGACCUGGGUGCAAGAGAACAGCGCCAGGGGCUGCAUGUCCAAUCAAGGUCUUACUGGGCUCCUGCAAACAUUGGGCCAUAUUCGCAAGCCAUGUCGAUUCCAUUACCGAACGCGAGCAGACUCGUGUACAUUGCUGGUCAGAUCCCUCUAGACCCGGCUUCUAUGAACAUGGCCCAAGUGGAAGGACCCGGGUCAUGGUUUGACAACUACCGUCUUCGAGCUGUGCUGGCACUUCAACAUCUCUGGAGAAUUGGCGAAUCCAUGCAGGUAGACUGGUGGCUCGGUGCAGUGGCUUUCUUGGCUCGUGGAGAACACGCCGAUACCAAAGCCCGGGAGGCGUGGCGCCUCUGGGAAAGAAUGCAUGCUUUGCCCGACAAUGAAGAUGAGGAUGAUGACGAAGGACCGCAACUGGAUGCAUGGGACAUUAAGUACGGGCGUCGCACAGAGGAGCUGACUGCCGCUCUUGUGCCCACUCUGCCCAAGUUCACGGCUCUUGUCGAGUCACACACGUGCAUACCCCCCUUCUUGGCUGUCCAAGUCGAUGAACUUCCACGGGGUAGCGAAAUCGAAUGGCAAGGAUUGGGAGGUCGAUGUGAACAGGUCAAGCUGGACGUUAAAGGGGGGAUAUUUUCCACCACCAUGGACUGCCAAUAUAAGUAUACCAGUAUCGAAAUUGACGCGGGUUCGUCAACCGAUACCUUGAAGCAAAUAUUGAAAUCAGUGAACGAGGCCCACUGUCGACAUUCCAGCCUAUCUCAAGCUGUGUUAUACACCGCCCAUGUGGUGCCUGAAACCUUGUGGCCCGGACAGGUUGUCCCGUGCAGAUCGGUAUGGGGGCGAGAAGGACGAAGGUUGAGUGCAGGUGUCGUUCUACAGCAGCUCAGUUAA